AUGUCGGAUUCCAUUCCAUCCGCUACUGCUAACCCGGAUGCGGUGGACCAGCCUCUCCCCGCAAACGCUGAAGACCGCAAGGCCGCUGCCGCUCUCAACUCGCUGAAUACAGAGGGUUUAGCCGGUGAUGCAGCUUCCUCAAAAGGGCCAUCCAGUGCAGAUCAAGAAGCUUUGAGCAGGGCUAUGAGCCGCUUGGAAGUUGCUGCAGGUCAUGAUACUGGCAAGAAGAAGGCGGCGGAGUCUCAGAAGAAAGAGGUGGAGGUGAAGAAGAAGGUUGUUAAGAUCAAUGCGGCUGAUGUUACCCUUCUGGCCGACCAGCUGGAUUUGCCUAAGACUAAGGCAACAGAUCUUCUCAGGGCUCAUGAGGGAAAUGUGACACACGCCAUGAGGGCCUUUAUCAUCCCCUCAAUUCGGAUUUGA